ACUUGAAUAUCGGCCCCUUAGAUGUCGAAUCCUGCCAAGCCGAUCUGCGAGGGGGUUGAGGACUAUCUCAGAAAGAAGCAGGACCAACCGAAUACUCCGUGGGCCAAUCCAACUGGGUCUUUAGUGAAGUCGUCCGAGUGUGGGUGCCGAUACUGUUAUGCUGCAUGCAAUGCAGUUGAAUUCAAUGAUGAAGUGGAGAAGAACAGAAAGAAGAAUCUUGAUGCGAGCCUCGCUAAUUCUGUGUUGGAUUUUCAAAGUUCCACAAACUCUAGAAAGAUUACAUACGGAGGAGAUAAUUUGAGCGUGGAGUUCAGAAGCUCUGGAUUGAACUUUGGUCAACAUUCCGGAUUGUACUUUGAUCAUCAAGGUUCUUCGUCGGAGUUAUUCGUCAAAAAAAGGGAUGAUGAUCCUAUCAUUCCAGUUUCAACGCCGAUCUCAGGCUACACUGGUUCGGAAGAGAGCUUUGAAGCUGUUAUAAAGUGGUUCAAAGAAUGUAUCAAGACACAUCACACACUCUGUCCGACCAUGGCUACUCCCUCUAGGCUGCCACUCCGUGUUCUUGACGUGAGCAUCCCCGGGACACAGGACGUGCGACUAUUGCAGAACAAUAAUGAGAACGGAUACUACGCUAGCCUAAGUCACUGUUGGGGUAGCGAAAAACCAUUGCAGACGACGUUGAAUCCAAACACCCUUACGUCUCACCUGCAAGGAAUUCAAUGGGAAGCAUUACCAAAAACCUUUCAAGAAGCUGUCAUUGUUACCAGAAUGUUUGGCAUUCAAUAUUUGUGGAUAGAUUCGUUGUGUAUAAUCCAAGACGAUACUGCGGACUGGGAAGAUCAGGCCGCCCAAAUGGCGGACAUUUAUCAAAAUUCGGUCAUUACGUUCGCGGGGUCAGCUUCAUCAGGUCCUCGGCAAGGACUUUUCCGCAACGCAGACCCUAAACAUAUUGAUCAUGGUCUUUCUGGUACAGCCAUGCCAGAAGGCCUUGACGUAAUCCGGAAACGGAAGCCAUUACCACAUAAGGCCGCAGAUCUUCCGUUGCUACGGCGAGGCUGGGUAUUCCAGGAGCGUCUAUUGAGUCCACGUUACCUCCAUUUUGGCGAGCAUGAACUGAUAUGGGAGUGUAUGGAGGGGAUGUCAUGCGAAUGCGGGGCCCUUGGUAACGAAUACUCAUCGCGCUCCUCGUGGCUCAAGCCUAAAACUGGUUUCCAUCAAUCCUCAUUGAAGUUCCUAAACUCCCGUGCUCACGCUGUUGCUGGUGUAUGGCAAUCAGCUGUGGAAGACUACUCGCGUAUGAUACUCUCUCACCCGGGAGAUAUUUUUCCAGCCAUUGCCGGUAUAGCGAAGAGCGUGAAGGACGCAACUGGGUGGGAGUACAUCGCUGGUUUGUGGAAGGAGAAUCUGAUCACCCAUUUGGUCUGGACAGUGGAAGCCCCAAAUCGUGUGCGUAGGUGUGAAGAGUGGCGGGCACCGACAUUCUCUUGGGCGUCUAUUAUACCGAAAGAGCAAGGCAGAAGUGGGAUUAGCUAUUACCUCAUGACUGUGCUAGAGAAGGGUCUCAAGACAGAUCUUGAAGAGCGUAAACAGCAAGACUCAAGAACAGAUAUCUACGCGACCGUGGUGGAAACGAGUUGUGAACCAACGGGAGACAAUCUGUCACGGAAGUUGUUGUCAGGAUACAUUGUGCUCUCUGGAACCUUGAUUGAGGCUACUCUUGAUUGCUCAGCAACGCAAGGAUCGUGGAAAAUCGCCCCAAACGGAAGAACCCCGCUGAACUCCAGCAUGCUUUAUAAGGACUAUGAUUUCAAUCAAGACAAGCCUCGGUUAAAUCAUAGGGAUACGGUAUAUUGCCUCAAACUUAUUGGCCUGUCCAAGAUUCCGGCUCAUGUCAAUGGUGAGUAUUUGCUGUAUUUAGUGUUGAGAAAGAUCAACCGAACAUGUGAAGCAUCGCAUAGCGUGGAAGUAGAUUCGGAAUUUGAGAGGAUUGGAAUAUUGCGAGAUGCGAGGGGAGAGGGUGAGAGGAGACUUGAAGAACUUUCAGAAGAGUGCGCUAUUCUACGCAAUGCACUAGUCAAGAUAACGUAAGAAUAAUGGGUAGACAGGCGAUAUUUUUAAGAUGAAUACUUAGGUUGAGAGAACAUCUUCCCGUUAAAUGAAUUCAGCGAUCAAAGAC